CUGACAGGAUGGCAAUGGUCAGAGGACUGGCUGCUUUCGUUCUUCUAAGCAUAAUGAGUGUGAUUGAAACCAUAAAGGUUCCUGACAUCGCUCUGAUUGAAGCUGGACUCGGUCAAACUGUGACUCUGAACUGUAAUGCAGCUGGGUUUGAAAAUGGGUUGUUUUUUUGGUACAAGAUGAAUUAUGGCUAUAUGGUUCAAACAGUUGCUACAGGCAGUUUUGGCAGCUUUAGGCUUCACGAACACUUUAACAAUACAAGAUUUGAAGUUAAAAACACGGGGAACAUGCAUUAUCUCACCAUCAGGAAUGUCAGCAAAGAGGACGAAGCAACAUAUUUAUGUCAGGCAGGAGCAGCGUACAAACUGACAUUUGUCAAUGGCACAAAUUUGGCUGUGAAUGAUUCCCAGAACAAGAAGUCUUCCUAUGUGAAACAAACUUCAGGCAUUAAGUCUGUUUCGCUUGGAACCCAACUGACUCUGCAGUGUUCACUUCUGUCAGAGAAAAAAGAAAAAGAAAACAUGGACCUGUGUACCGAUGAACACAAAGUGUUCUGGUUCAGAGCAGAAUCAGAAUCUAAUCCAGGAUUCAUCUAUGCUGAUAAAAAGCGUUGCAACACACAAGCAGGAGGCAGCUGUGAAUACCGCCUGUCUAAAACUAUCCAGAGCCCCUCGGAUACUGGAACAUACUACUGUGCUGUGGUCAUAUGUGGGGAGAUCCUGUUUGGAGAAGGAACCAAAGUGGAGACAAGACAAACGUUUUGCCUGUAUGCUAUUCUGCUCAGCGGACUUUUGGCCUGUUCUAUCCUUGUAAACAUCACUUUGAUUCUCAAAAGAAGAAACCCAAAGCGGCUUCAGGAAAUUCAUAAAGAUGUAACAGCAACGACUCUUACUGAACUGGAUGAGGAUCAACCAUGCAAUAUGCAGGAUGGCGAAGAGGAUGGGAUGAACUAUGUGGCGCUAAAUUUCCCGUCACGAAAACCUACAAGAUGGAAGAGUAAGAGGGAGACAUCGGAGGACUGCACAUAUUCAAACAUCAAUCCGUCCAUAAAAGGCAGCGUCCAUCAAUAGGGUUCAUCUAAAAUGAACAUAUGUGCAAAUAUUUGACUUCUCUAUAUUUGAUGGUAAUUGAUCUUGAGGGCAGAUCAAAUAACCUGUUUGGUGCAAUUUUGUUGUAAAUAGUCAUGUGAGAAGCUUAGAGUGACUUUUUUCUUGUUCUUUAAACUGGACAUAUGUUAUAUAUUUUUAGCAGACCGAUUUUAUGCUGUUUUGAUAAAGUUGAAAUUGAAUCAACUGAAAUGUGAAUAAGCUUGACUUAAUCGAAAGUAGAAGAAGAAACACCACGUCUUUUUCAUUUAGAAAGUCAUUAGCCUUUUAGUAAGCAUUUUUUAUAGUGCAACAGUAAGAAGAAAUAGAACAUUUUAUUUUUAUCGCAGUUUCUUGUUCUGUGUGCUGUGUUAAGAGGAUUUAAAUGUGUCUCGAACCCCAUAUGAACCCCAGUGUUUUCCCUGCUAUACAUUAAAGACUGGAGCUGAAUAUCAGCAGAUCUUAAUGCCGCUAAUUUUUAGAUGGUAUUGUCUCAUGUUACAUUAUUUUAUACAGUUACAUUUAUUUUAAGACAAAACAUAAGUAUCUGUAUCUAAACUGCUGUUUAAUGCAUUUUUUAUAGUAAACUAUUGUUGAUUUGUUUUGACAGUCAUACCUGGCUAUUUCUCUCUCGUUUUUUGGCACCUUUGCAUCUUGCUUC